AAAACUGGGGUAAACAACUACGCAAAACGUGUUUACUAAAAAUUUGUUCUUAACUUAUUUAAAUAUUGAAUAUCUUUAUUAUAAGUCAUUGUUUAAAGAAAGCUUAAUUACGCAAGGAUUAUAAUUUAUCUAAAUAUAAAUUGAGACGAAAUGCCGAAAUCAAAAAGAGAUAAGAAAGUUUCACUAACUAAAACUAAUAAGAAAGGAUUAGAGAAUAAACAGAAAGUUAUUGAGGACAUUCAGGGAUGUGCCGAACAAUAUCCCAAUGUAUUUCUCUUCUCAGUCGAAAACAUGCGAAAUUCUACAUUAAAAUUCAUUAGAAACGAGUGGAACAAUUCCAGAUUCUUCUUUGGUAAAGUAUCUGUAAUGAAACUUGGAUUGAGAAAUGCUGAGAUUGCUGAUGAGUUGUGUGAUAUGCUUGAGGGACAACGUGGAUUGCUUUUCACACCUAACGACAAAGAAACAGUUGUUGAUUGGUUUAAAGAAUAUUCAGCUGAGGAAUUUGCUCGAAGUGGCUUCAAAGCAAAUGAAACUGUUGUUCUUCCCGAAGGUCCACUCUCCGACUUCUCACAUGCCAUCGAACCACAUUUGCGUAAACUUGGAAUGCCAACAAAACUUGAACGUGGUAUUGUGACACUGAUGAACGACUAUACAGUUUGCGAAAAAGGACAAACAUUGACACCUGAGCAAGCAAAGAUUCUCAAGUUAGUUGGACGACCACUUGCGACAUUUAAAGUUAACAUCGAGUGUUGCUAUACAAAAGAAGAUGGUUUUGAAGCCAUCAAAAUGCCUAAAUCCGAUAAGAAAUCAUCACUGAGAAAACCAAUGAAAGCGAAAGACAAACUAAAUCUCAAGAACAACAAAACAUCAAAGAAAACUGAAAGUAAAAGUAAAGAAGCUGCAAUGAUGGAAAUUAUCGAAGCAUCUGAUUCAAAUGAGGAAGAUUAUGAUGAUUCAGGUUCUGAUGAAGACAUGGAAGCUUCUGAUUAAAAUUAUUUUAUCUGAAAAUAUUUUUUAAAAAUU